AUGGCUCGUUAUAAUUUUGACUUAUUAAAAAUGGGUUGCUCUUCCUCAAGAACUAAUAAUCCAGAUCAGGUAAUUUUCCUUGGUUCUUCCUUAUCCAGGCAAAAAAGUGCUCACGAUUUCCCACAGGAUGCCAAAAUUACUAAACCUGAAACUAAUAAAGACGAACUAAGGCUAGAAGAUAUAAGCUUCCAAGGAGAACUUCCAGCAUAA